UUGGAAGGUGAGGAGGCUUGCGGUGAGGAGGUGGGCGGGUCUUUAGACCAAUACAGUCACGGCGUCCCUCCAACCCACAGCGUCGACGGUACCGGGCAGGACCGCUUCGACGGCGGACAUCUCUACAGCCACGUGGUGUUGCCAGGGCAACCACGGCCACGACGACCCAAGCUGCAGCACAGCCAGUCCAUCCUCAGGAAGCAGGCAGAGGAGGAGGCUAUCAAACGCUCCCGAUCCCUGUGUGAGAGCUAUGAGCUAUCAGCCGACCUACAGGACAAACAGGUAGGGGAGGUAACACAGCCCCCAUAGGACCAGGAGUGGGAGGGAGCCGUGCUAGUUAACUAGAUAGUUACUUACUACCCACUGACUAGCUCAGGGAGAGGGAGGGAGCAGUGCUAGUUAACUAGAUAGUUACUUACUACCCACUGACUAGCUCAGGGAGAGGGAGGGAGCCGUGCUAGUUAACUAGAUAGUUACUCCCUACCCACUGACUAGCUCAGGGAGAGGGAGGGAACAGUGCUAGUUAACUAGAUAGUUACUUACUACCCACUGACUAGCUCAGGGAGAGGGAGGGAGCAGUGCUAGUUAACUAGAUAGUUACUGACUAGCUCAGGGAGUGGGAGGGAGCAGUGCUAGUUAACUAGAUAGUUACUUACUAGACAGUAUUACCGUGUUACCGUGUUACCGUGUUACAGUAUUACAGUGUUACCGUGGUUUACAGUGUUACCGUGUUACCGUGUUACCGUGUUACCGUGUUACUAAGUUACAGUGUUACAGUGUUACUGUGUUACAGUGUUACCGUGUUACUAUGUUACCAUUUUAUAUUACCGUUUUAGGUUACUAUAUUACGUGUUACUUUUUUACCGUGUUCCCGUGUUACCGUAUUCCCUUUGUUACAGUUUUUUACAGUUUUAAGUUUUUUACAGUUUUUACGUUUUACCGUUUUACCGUGUUCCCGGGGGUUACCGUAUUACCGUGUUACCGUGUACCGUGUUACUGUGCCGUGUUACGUGUUCAUUUUUACCUUUUUUGGUACCGGUUACCGUUUUUAUGUAUUCCCGUGUUACCGUGUUACUGGUUACAGGUUACAGUGUUACCGUUUUUACUGUGUUACAGUGUUACCGGACAGGUUACAGGUUACAUAUUACAGGUUACGUGUUACGGUUCCGUGUUUAUUUAAGUGUUCCCGUGUUCCCGUUUAUAUAUUAAGUGUUCGUGUUAGUGUUCCGGUUACGGUUCCGUGUUACUAGAUUGUUUUACCGUGUACCGGUUACGUGUUACUUAUACAGUGUUAGGGUUUUUACCGUGUUACAUUUUACAGGUUCGGUUACUGUUUACCGUUUUCCCGUUUUACUGUGUUACAGUGUUAUAUUACAUUUGUUAAGUGUUUUAUGUUACCGUGUUACCGGUUACAGGUUACUGUGUUACAGUGUUACUUAUUACAGUUUUUAUGUGUUAUGUUUACAGUGUUACCGUGUUCCCGUUUUCCCGUGUUCGUGUUACAGGUACAUACAGUUUUACUGUGUUACGUGUUACAGUGUUACCGUUUUCCCGUUUUACAGUUACUGUUUUACUAAGUUCCCGGUUUUACAGGUUACUGUGUUACAGUUUACCGUUUUUAUUUUCCAUUUUUACAGUUUCCCAUGUUAAGUGUUACAUAUUACAGGUCAUGUGUUUUAUUUUUUCGUGUUAGUGUUACGUGUUUGUGUUACCGGGGUUCCCAUGUUUAUAUUUCAGUGUUUUCCGUGUUCCCGUGCCCGGUUUUCCCGGGUUUUUACGGGUUUUCUAUUUUUAAGUUCACUUGUUUAUGUGUACGUUUUACGGGUUUUACGUGUUACUAUUUUUUCCCCUGUUAUAAGUUACCGGUUACUGUGUUACUUUUACGUGUUACUGGUUACCGUUUUUCCCGUGUUCCCUAUUCCCGUGUUCCGUGUUCCCGUUUUACAGUGUUACAGUGUUACCGUUUUUCCGUGUUACCGUGUUACCGUUUUUUACAUGUUCUGUUUUUACCGUUAUGUAUUACAGUGUUACCGUGUUACUUUGUUCGUGUUUUACUGUGUUACCGUGUUCCGUGUUAUGUGUUCAAAAUUACCGUGUUACUUGUUACCAGGGCCGUGUUACAUUUUACAAAGUUUACGUGUUACCGUUAAUGUGUUCCCGCGUUACUAAUUACAGUGUUAGGUUACAGUUUCCCGUUUUUUACCGUAUUAAGUUCCCGCUUACAGUUUUUCCCGUUCCCGGGUUUUUUACCUUUUACUGUGUUACGGUUACCGUGCCCAUUUUUCCCGUUUUACGUGUUACUAUAUUAAGUGUUACGGUUUCCCGUGUUAAUUUUUCCCGUGUUCCCGUUUUACAAAGUUACCGGGGUUUACAGUGUUACCGUGUUACCGUGUUACCGUGUUACUGUGUUACUAUAUUAGAGUGUUACUGUGUUACAGUGUUACUUUUUUCCCCGUGUUACCAGUUACAAAGUUCUGGUUACGUGUUACUGGUUACUGUGUUCCGUGUUACCGUGUUCCCGGUUUUACUUAUUACAGUGUUACCGUGUUACGUUUUUUACUGUUUUCCCGUGUUACCAUGUUAAAAGUUAAGUGUUACGGUUUUUAGUGUUACUGUGUCCCGGUUCCGGGGUUUACCUGUUAUGUGUUACGUUUAUAUAUUACGUGUUACGGUUACGUGUUCCCGUGUUAGUGUUCCCGUGUUACUAAUUUCGUGUUACGGGUUUUUACCGUGUUAAAGUGUUACCGUGUUACUAUGUUACCAUGUUACUAAUUUACCGGGUUCCGUAGUACCGUUUUACUAUUUUUACAGUGUUACUGGGGAUACAGUUUUUCCCGUGUUCCCGUAUUACCGUUUUACAGUGUUACUGUGUUACUAUAUUACAGUUUUCCCGUGUUCCGUUUCAGGUUAUGUGUUCCCGUUUACCGUGUUACUAAUUUUCCGUGUUACAUUUUUUACCGGUUCCCAUUUUAUAUUUUUCCCGUGUUACAGUUUUACUGUUUUUAUGUUUUCCUUUUUACCGUGUUACCGGUUACUAUAUUACGGGUUUUUACCGUUUUACAGUGCUACCGUGUUACGAUUACAAGUUACCGUUUUUACAGUGUUACCGUUUACCGUGUACUUUUUACGUUUUUACCGUGUUACCUAUUACCGUUACUAUAUUAGAGUGUUACUGUUUUCUGUGUUACCGUGUACCGUUUUCCAGUUGCUAUAUUAGAGUUUUUUACUGGUUUCUGUUUUACCGUUUACCUUUUUACGGGGUCCCGUUUUCCCAGUUACCAUGUUACUAUAAGGGUUUUACUGGUCCCGUGUUCCCGUGUUACCGUUUUCCCCAUGUUACAAAUUUACCUUUUUCCCGCGUUACUAUUUACAGUUUUACCGUUUUUACGGGGUUAUGUGUUACCGUUUACCAUUUUAAAAGGUUACCGUGUUCGUUUACUUGUAGUGUUACCGUGUUCCGGGUUUUUUAGUGUUACCAUUUUUUAGUUUUUAUAUAUUACAGUUUUUCCCGGACUUGUUACGGGUUUUUCAUGUUCCCGGUUCCCGGUUUUACUAAGUUACAGUUACGUGUUAGGGUUACAGUGUUACCGUGUUUACCGUGUUUACGUGUUAUAAGUUCCCGGUUACAGUUUUGUUGUUACCGUUUACGUGUUAUAAUUUACAUUUGUUACUGUUCCGUGUCCCGUGUUCCCGUAUUACCUUUUUUUACCGUUUUUUAAAGUUUUACAGUGUUACCGAUUACCGGUUCCCAUGUUACGUUUUGCCUUUACCGUUACCGUGUUACAUUUUACAUUUUUCCCGGGUUAGGGGUUUUUACAGUGUUAUUGUUCCGUUUUACGUGUUACAAAUUUUACCGUGUAAAUUGUUACAUGUUCCCAUGUUCCCAUUUUACCGUGUUACCGUUUUACCUGUUCUGUGUUACCGGUACAGUGUUCCCGUGUUACCGUAUUACUAAUUUUCCCGCUUAAGUGUUCCGUUUACCGUGUUACCAUGUUAUGUGUUACCGUUUUUCCCGUGUUUCCGACCGUGUUCCCGGUUAUAUUUUUACAGUUUUACAGUGUUACCGUGUUAGUGUUACAGUUUAUAAACGUUUUACAGUUUUUACCGUGUAACCUUUUGGUUCCCCGUUACAAAGUUACCGGUUACAGGUUAAGUUUUUAGUUUUUACGUGUUCCCGUCUUACCGGUUACCGUGUUACCAUGUUACUAAGUUACCGUGUUACCGUGUUAAUAAAUUACAGUGUUACCGUGUUACUGUGUUACCGUGUUACCGUGUUACCAUGUUACUAAUUUUCCCGUGCACAUUUUUUACUGUGUUCCGUGUUCCAGUUCCAGUUACCGGUUCCAUGUUACUAUUAACAGUGUUCCCGUUUUUCCCGUGUUUACGGUUUUACGUUUUCCCGUGUUACGGGUUACUAAUUUAACGGUUACUUUGUUACCAUGUUCGUUUACCAUUUUACUAAGUUACCGUUUUUAAAAGUGUUACGUGUUACGUGUUCCCGUGUUCCCUUUUUCCUUUUUACCGUGUUACUAUUUAAGGUUAGUGUUACGUUUUUUAUGUGUUACAGUUUUAACCUUUUUUCCGUUUUUACCGUGGUAAUUUUGGUUAUGUUUUUCCCCGUGGUACAGGUUACGUUUUUCCGUGUUACAGGGUUCCCAUGUACCGGUUUACUAUAUUACAGUUUUUUACGUUUUUCGUUUUACCGUGUUCCCGGGUUUUACUGUGUUACAGGUUAAAUUUACGUGUUACCGUGUUACUUUGUUACGUUUUUCUGAUUAAAAGUGUUACCGUGUUACCGUGUUACAGUGUUACCGUGUUAAGGUCCUGUUUUACUAUAUUCCCGGUUACUGUUUUCCCCGUUUUCUGUAUUACAGUUUUGGGUUUUUACUGUUUACCGUGUUACCGGUUACUUUUGUUUCCCGUGUUCCCGUGUUUUAUGUGUUCAGUGUACUAAUUACGUGUUACGUGUUCCCUGUUACCAUUUUACCGUUUAUAUAUACAGUUUUCCCGUUUUACGUGUACCGUGUUCCCGUGUUACAGUGUUACCUUUGUUCCCGUUUUACUGUGUUACGUGUUUUUAUUUAAGUGGUUUCCCGGUUUUACCUGUACUGUAUUAAGUGUUACCUUUUGUUCCCGUGUUACCGUGUUACCGUGUUGGGUUUCCGGUUAAUUUACCGUUUUCCCGUGUUUUAUUCAGUUUUUCCCGUUUUUCCCGUGUUACAGGUUCCGUGUUACCGUGUUACUGUUUUAAGUGUUAUUAUAUUCAUGUUCCCGUGUUACCGUGUUCCCGUGUUACUGUUUACGUUUUACGUGUUUUUUACCGUUUUCCGUGUUCCCGGGUUUUUUACAGUGUUCCUGUGUUACUAUUUUUCCGUGGUUAAGUUUUACCUGUACAUAUUCGUUUUCCCGUGUUUUCAGUUUUCCCGUGUUACCGUUUACUGUUUUACAGUGUUACGUUUUUUGGGGUUUUUCCCGGGUUACCGUGUUAUUUUGUUACCGUUUUUACCGUGUUUUUGUUACAGUGUUCUUUUUACAGUUUUACCGUGUUACCAUUUUUCCUGUCUAUUUUACGUGUUCCCCGUGUUACCGUGUUCCCGUUACCGUUUUUACAGUGUUCCCGUUUUUUACUGUGUUACUGUUUAUAUUACAGUGCAACCGUUUUCCCGUGUUACCGUAUUCUAUUUUACAGGGUUAAAUUUUAUGUUUUUUACCGUUUCCGGAAGGGUGUUACCGUGUUACGUGUUACGUGUGAAGUGCUAAAAGUGUUAAGGUUAGGGGUUUAUAUAUUAAGUAUUACCGUUUCCGUUUUACCGUUUUCCCGUGUACAGUUUUUACCGUGUUACAGUUUUAAACUAUAUUUACAGUUUGUCAGGGUUUUUUUUUUGUGUUCCCUUUUUCCCGUUUUAAACGUUUUACAGUGUUACAGUUUUUAAGUUUUUACCGUGGUUCCCGUGUUUCCCGUUUUUCCGGGGUUUGUUACAGUUUUACCGUGUUAACGUGUUCAGUGUUCCCCAGUUAUUGUGUUUACAGGUUACGUUUUUUUUCCCGUUUUUUGUGUUCAGUUUCCAUGUACGUUUUGGGUUACGGUUACUGGGUUACCAUGUCCAUUUUAUAUUUACAGUUUUCAGUGUUCCCGUUUACAAUGUUACAGGGGUUUCCCAGUUACGGUGUUACCGUGUUACAUAUUACUGUACAUGUUACCGUGUUCAGGGGUACCAUGUUUCCCAUGUACUGUGUUCCCGUGUUCCCGUGUUACCGUAUUAAAAAGUUCGGGGGUUACAUGUUAGGGGUUUACGUGUUUAGUUUGUUACUAUUUUUACGGUACCGUUUACCUGUUACCUUUUAUUGGUCCAGUUUUACAGUGUUACGGUUUACUGGUUGCCGUUUUUUUACCGUGUUACCGUAUUACAAGUUACGUGUUACGUGUACCUUGUUACCGGUUACAGUGUUCCAAUAGUGUUACCGUGUUACUUUGUUAACGGUUACAGUGUUACCUUUGGUUACCUUUUUACCGUAUUAAAAUUUUUACAGUGUACAGUGUUACCUUUGUUCCCGUGUUUCUAAUUUUACGUUUUUACGGUUCCCCGGCAAAACGGGUUACGUGUUCCCGUGUACCGGUUACUGUGUUACCAUUUUACAGUGUUUCAGGUUGUUUGUGUUAAAAGUUACAGUGUUUUACAGUGUUACAGUGUUACAGGUUACCCUAUUACAGUUUUACUUAUUACGUUUUUACGUUUUUUACCGUGUUACCAUGUUUUGUGUUACAGUGUUAUGGUACUGUUUUUAGUGUUCCCGUGUUACCGUUUACUGUACAUUUUUUCCCGUGUUACAGUGUUACUGUGUUCCGGUUCUUUUUUACUAUUUUGUGUUCCCGUUUUACCGGUUACUGUGUUACAAGUUACAGUUUACAGGGGUUACGUUUACGUGUUACGUGUUACAGUGUUACUAUAUUAGUUUCCCGUUUUUUACCUGUUACAGUUUUACAGGUAUGGUUACAUAUUACGGGUUUUACAGUUUUCCCAAAAAUUCCCAUGUCUAGGUAAAUUGGGCCUUGUUUCCGUGUAAACCUUUGUUACCUUUUGUUACAGUGUUACAGUGUUACUGUUGUACUUAAUUACUUGUUUACAGUGUUACAGUGUUACAGUGUUACUGUGUUACAGUAGUGUUACUGUGUUACAGUGUUACCGUGUUACCGUGUUACCGUAUUACAAUGUUACAGUGUUACAGUGUUACAGUGUUACCAUGUUAUUGUGUACAUUGUUACAGUAUUACAGUGUUACAGUGUUACCGUGUUACCAUGUUACAGUGUUACAGUGUUACUGUGUACUAUAUUACUGUGUACCGUGUUACCGUGUUACCGUGUUACAUAUUACCAUGUUACUAUGUAAAUGUGCUACGGUGUUAUUAUGUUACUGUGUUAUUAUGUUACAGAACUAUAGAUCUAUUCUCUAUGUGUUUGUUCAUUUGUAUCUGGGUUUGUUUGGAUGUUAUUUCCCUAAUUGUGUGGGCAUGCAUACUGAGUGUACAAAACAUUAAGAACACCUGCUCUUUCCAUGACGUAGACUGACCAGGUGAAUUCCAGGUGAAAGCUAUGAUCCCUUAUUGAUGUCACCUGUUAAAUCCACUUCAAUCAGUCUAAAUGAAGGGGAGGAGACAUAGUAUUUUAAGCCUUGAGGCAUGGAUUGUGUAUGUGUGCCAUUCAGAGGGGAAUGGGCAAGGCAAAAUAUUUAAGUGCCUUUGAACAGGGUAUGGUAGUAGGUGCCAGGAAUGGUAUCAAGAAUGGUCCACCACCCAAAGGACAUCCAGCCAACCUGACACAACUGUGGGAAGCAUUAGAGUCAACAUGGGCCAGCAUCCCUGUGGAACGCUUUCAACACCUUGUAGAGUCCAUGCCCUGACGAAUUGAGGCUGUACUCAGGGCAAAAGGGGGGGUGCAACUCAAUAUUAGGAAGGUGUUCCUAAGGUUUGGUAUACUCAGUGUAUGCCACAUACUUAUUCAUUUGAAAUGGUUGGUAAUGUAAAUGAACAUGUAAAGGGAUAACAAAGCUUCUCAUGCUGUCGAUUGAUUGAUUGGUUGGUUUUAUUGAUUGACUGACUGACAGAUUGAUUACCGUCUCUCUCUCUCUCUCUCCGCCAGGUGGAGAUGCUGGAGCGUAAGUAUGGAGGCAGUUUCAUAACGCGUAAUGCGGCCUGCACCAUCCAGACAGCCUUCCGCCAGUAUCAGAUGAACAAGAACUUUAAACGUCUCCGCAGUUCCAUGUCCGAGAACCACAUGUCCCGACGUAUCGUCCUGUCCAGCAUGAGGAUGCAGUUCUCCUUGGAAGGCCCUGAGAAGGUUCACCAGUCCUCCUCCCUCACCGACAGCAGAACCAAACACCUGGGGGGCCUGAUCCAAUCAGAAUGCAGCGCUGACCUGGAGGGGUGUGGUCCCAGA